UUAAAACAUGCAAUGAAGGAAAGCCGUCAAAUGGCUUGGAUGGAGGAAGAGGGUCGUAGGCACUUUGUAUCAAAUGCAAGCAGUCGUUCUAAUAAGGGUCAUUUUUUUGGUCCUGGAUCAUCACAACCAUCUGGCUUAGGAAUAAAGCGCGGACCACCACGUAGCUAUAGCGUAAAAGAAGGUGCAAGCGUUCCUAUAAGUGGUAUUGAUCCGUACAUGUUUUCGUCUAAACAAAAGUUAGUAAAAGGCAUGUUCUCAAGUGAGAAACAUGAAAAAGUUGGAAAAGCUAUUUCAAAGUUCUUCCUCUUCAAUGCAAUACCAUUCAAUGCAGCUGAUAGUGGGCCUUACUAUCAGUCAAUGAUUGACACUAUUGCAGAUGUAGGCCCAGGUAUAAAGAGCCCCACAGGAUAUAAAAUUGGUAGUUCUUAUUUGGAGGAGGAGGUUUAA